AGGACUGUCCAUCACAAGUUUUUAUUGAACUCAUCACCCGCUGAAGGCAAAGGAAAUGUUGCUCAGAUUGUCUUAUCAGGGGCUGGCAUAGCUGCACCCUGGUACCGCUGGGAGGAGUCAACUCAACUAAACUGAAGCCUUCAUUUCAAAAAGAAUAUACACAACACCCAAACAGCCAUUUAUGCAGCUAUGUAGUGUAAUGUAUGAAGGCAUGGUGUGAACUAACGGUUCAGAGAAUCAAGAGCCUGUUCUGAAUGUGUUCAACAGUCAACUAUGCUCUCCCUCCCAGGAGAACCUGUGAGGUAUUGGCUACUCCAGGCAGGCUGUGUGGGGAGGUGUCCAUGCCAACUCAUUUCCCUGGAGCCAGGUCUCAUGGAACUGCUCAGGACACAGAGAUGGAUAUGGCUUGGCAGGAGCUGAUGGCUAUCACAGAGCUGCAGGAGUUUGAAGUCCCCAGUGGAGGGUCCUAUGAAACAAUCCAGUAUCAAACCAUGGACUCUGUGGUCCCUAUGGGAGGGUAUGAGGUGGCUCAUUCCCAUUCUGAAGCUCCUCCCACUUCUUGUGCGCUCAGCACUGCUGACAAUUACAAUGGAUGUUACUCUGAAGAGGCACCUGCCUGUCAUCGUCAAGGCAACAACUCAGAGACGAUGUAUGGACACUCUGGAUCUCAGUUCAAUCAAAGAAUGCUGACCACCUCUUCUCACACACAGCCCUCACUAAUGGCUCUUAAGGAACAGAUGAGCAUGUCAGGUACCAGUCAAGGGUACAGGAGGGCCAAUGCUGGUUUCUCGCAGGGUCUAGGUCGCCACAUGCUGUGGACAACACAUGGACAAUGCACACGCGUUCGCUCAGCUGAUGAUCUGGAAUCAGACUCUGGUCUGUCUCUGGGUUCUAGUCCACCCUUGGCCUCCCCAGAUAAUCCUGUCUGUAGUGCACCAGGUUUCCAGAGGGUAGACACAGGAAUGACAUAUAGUGAUGGUGAACCAGAAAGCAUGACUGAGCAUGCCAGUAGAGCACAUGCACAUUACUCAAUGGACUACCAGGGUCCGUCUCACUCAUAUUUACACUCAGGUGCACAUCCUUACUUUUCACCCCAGCCUGCUGCAACUCAAACACAACUUAAUGCUCCAAGAGCAGUGAAACAGCAAGGGCAGGCUGCAGCGCUGAAUGGCCUAUACAAUGACACUGGGCUGUCCAGCAGAGGGAGCUCACAGCACAUUUAUACAAAACCACAAGGAAGCAUCUCCUCUCCUGUUUCAUUGAGCAGAGAUGAGCGGCGAGCAAUGGCCUUGAAGAUCCCCUUUCCUAUGGAGAAGAUCAUCAAUCUGCCUGUGGAUGACUUCAAUGAGCUACUGACACAGUAUACUUUGACAGACACUCAACUAGCACUGGUCAGAGACAUUAGACGGAGAGGGAAAAACAAGGUGGCAGCUCAGAACUGCAGGAAAAGGAAGCUUGAGAGCAUAAUUCACCUUGAAAGAGAACUGAACCAGCUUCAUGCCCAGAGAGAGCAGCUGGCACAGGAAAGGCUAGAGUUCCAGCGCAGCUUGUCUUUCAUUAAGUGUAGUCUUACAGACCUCUAUGCACAAGUCUUUUCUCACUUGCGAGAUGAAGAUGGACGACCAUACUCAAUAGAUGAAUACGCCCUGCGACAGACACCUGAUGGUAAAAUUUACUUGGUACCUUGCACAACUACGCAAAGGAGAGAACAAUGCUGAAGAACUGGGUUUAUG